UUUGCUUUAGGCUUGUCGACGAACAAACACGGGGAAAGGCUGUUGCUGAGGCUUGCUGGAAGAAGCUGUCUCUUAUUUUUCUCAAGUUUAACGAAAAAGAAGACAAAAUGAGUCGCCGCAAGUUCGAUGAGAUGUCUGAUUAUGCAGACUCCGGUCGCGACCGGAAAAGACGGAGGGCAGAUGCCGUUGAAAUCGAAGACCGAUUAGAAUCUCUAAUUCUUCGUGUGGGAGAGAAGAGUACUUCAUCCUUGGAAAGCAAUCUCGAGGGUCUAGCAAGUGUUCUAGAGGCAGACAUUAACAAUUACAAGAGCAAGAUUCUGAAGAUCCUGAGUGACUGUGCUGUAAAGAUGCCUGAAAAGACCACCAUCUAUACAACUCUUGUUGGACUCCUGAACGCAAAGAACUACAACUUUGGAGGAGAGUUUGUUGACAUGAUGGCAAGGAAGCUGAAGGAAGCACUUAAAGCUUGUAUGUGGAAGACAGCACGCUAUGUACUCAGGUUCUUUGCCGAUCUGGUCAACUGUCACGUGAUCUCCACUAACUCACUGCUACAGCUCCUCCACACCUUUUUAGACACAGCAAGAGAUGACAACUCACCCCAGGUUCGUAGUGACACGUACGUGUAUGCUGUACUGAGCUGCCUUCCCUGGGUGGGGCGUGAGCUGUAUGAAAAGAAGGAACAGGACCUUGAGCGCUUGCUGAAGCACAUUGAGAUUUAUGUAAGGAAGCGAAGCCGCAAGCAUGUCCCAGGACUGAGGGUAUGGAGGUCUGACCGUCCACAUCCACAAGAGGAGUAUUUGGACUGUCUUUGGGCUCAGAUCUGCAAACUGCGAUCAGACAUGUGGCAGGAGAAGCACAUUGCAAGACCUUAUGUGGCAUUUGACUCCAUUCUGUGCGAAGCGCUGCAGCACAACAUCCCACCCCUGACCCUCCCUCCACAUCACACUGACAACACCUACCCCUUCCCAUGGGUUGUGUUUAGGCUUUUUGACUACACUGAUUGCCCUGAGGGUCCUGUCCUGCCAGGUGCUCAUUCUAUUGAGCGAUACCUUAUUGAGGAGCACCUUCACAAUAUCGUCAAGGACUAUCAUCUAGAGAGGAAGCAAUGCGCAGCAUUCUUGCUUGAUUUUCCCCUGAAACACAAGAUCCCUCUGGAAUACAUGAUUGUUGAAGUGGUCCUAGCUGAACUUUUCCACCUGCCUGGGCCAAGAUACAUUGAGAUCUGUUAUGGCUCACUAUUGAUUGAGCUCUGCAAGCUACAGCCUGCAACUAUGCCUCAGGUGCUGGCCCAAGCUGUAGAAUUGCUUUUCGACCGCAUUGACACAAUGAACGUCUGUUGCUUUGACAGAAUGGUGAACUGGUUUUCAUAUCACUUAAGUAACUUCCAGUUUAAGUGGUCCUGGGAUGACUGGCUGGAAGCAUCACAAUUGGACCCAGCUCAUCCUAGAGCUAAAUUCAUAAUAGAAGUGCUACAGAGAAGCAUGAGACUUUCUUAUCAUCAGCGGAUUGCAGAGGUUGUCCCAGAGCAGUUUGAUUGCUUUGUUCCACACAAAUCAGUGGCCAUUUAUAAAUUUUCUAAUGACGGUGCAGGAGACCUACCAGGAAGCAAUGCAGCCCAUCGCCUUGAGUCUGUGAUCCGUGCAAAGGGGACAUCAAUGGAGGUGGUACAGGUUCUCUCUGAGCUGCCCAACCCACUCAGAGAAAAUGACGAAACUGACCCACCCUACAACCCACUACAGAUCCAAGUGUUUGUCCAAGUACUGCUACAUUUAGGGUCAAAGAGUUUCUCGCAUGCAUUUGCUGGCAUUUCUAAGUUCUUGAAGGUCUUUGAGGCAGUAGUAGGAGGCAAUGAGGAUGCCCAAAUGCUCGUCUUGAAAGAGAUGCAAGACGUGUGGCACCACCACCAGCAGAUGAUGGUGAUGCUGAGUGACAAGUUCCUCCGCACACAGAUUGUCACCUGUGCCACUGUUGCCAAUUGGGUUUUCAGCAAAGAGAUGAUGCCCGAGUUCACAAAGAAUUACAUCUGGGAGAUCCUCCAUGGCACCAUUAGGAAGAUGAACAAACACGUGGCUCGACUGCAGCGCGAGGUCAAUGAAGCACGUGAACGCCGGGCUGGAAAUGAAUCAGAGGACUCAUCCUCAGAUGAAGAGGAGCAGAGACCUCGACCAAGCGAAGAGGAGAUAGAGAGAAUGGAAGAGAAGCUGGAGGCUGCACAAGCAGAUCAGAAGAACCUCUUCCUUAUUAUAUUCCAGAGGUUUAUCAUGAUUCUCUCUGAACACUUGGUGAGGUGUGAUACUGACGGACGUGACUUCAAUACACACUGGUACCGCUGGACCAUUGGUAGACUGCAUCAGAUAUUUAUGAUGCACAACAGCCAAGUGGAACGAUACAGUCAGACGCUAAGCACACUGCUCUUCACACAGGAUCUUGAUCCCCACAUUUUGGAUUCCUUUAAUCAGUUUGUUGCAUUACGUGCAUAAAGGUGUUCCUAUGUGCACUUUAGGUUUCCUGAAAUACUACACACGCAUCUACUUUUGUCAUUUAUGCUAACGGGAUUUUGUAUCAAAAUGAUGGUUAGUGAUUCUCAGAGUUGCCGCAUGUUAUUAUCAGACUAUAUAUUUAGCCUGUGGUCAAUGGAGAUGGUAGAGUGAUGAAACUAGGUACAUGUCAGACACGUUCAGAAAUAUGACAAGAAAGAUUACAUUUCUUGGCUAACAGAUUGUCUGAUGUCUGCAAGACCAUGUAACAAGUUUAAUGUAUAUGUUUACAAGAAGCUUUUCUUGGAAAUAUCUGGGAAGAUAUACUAGUUACAGUAUGAUUAUGUGGAUCAUUUAUUAAGAUUUUAUGUAUCCAAUGCUUUAGCAAUAUACAGUAUGCAAAUACAAUUUUUUGCAGUGUAGGUGAUAUACAAGAAUAUUUACAGUAUCACUGAAUUUUUAGUUUGCAUGAAAUUCAUAGACUUUUGUUUUUAUUUACUCUUUAUCUUUCUAGAUUCUGUAUACUGUUGUCUCUAUAAAGUUGUUUUUUUCUUCUUCAUCUUUCUCAGUCCACUAACUUAUAGAUUCAUUUUAUAUAUUGAUGAAAUAGUACCUCAAAGCAUUUCAGAAUUUUACUGCUAUAUCAUGUAAAUUUUGGUUUAUUGAGUCACAUAGAAAAUUAUUCUUGGCUAGAUAACAGAAACUGAAAAAUUGGCUUAUCAAUCUUGUACUAUGUAGUUGGUCUUCAAAUAUGAUACUGUAUAUAGUUCCCCUUUAACCAUAACCAACAUAUUCCUUUCUUACAGUGUACUUUUCCCCCCAACUCUUACUUGAUUAUUCAUGUUUACAUAUUAAAGACUGUAGUAAGGGUUAGGGUUGAGGAAAAUGCAAUAUUUAUAAUGUACACACCAAUUAUAUAAUUUAGGUUUGAAAUCUUAGAGAAAUUUCUGUGAGAAAAAAUCUGUAUGGUUAGUUUUACACUUUUUGGGAGAUAUGUCAGCUAUCAUUCCAAUUGAAUUAGUAUUCUUGUAGGUACUGAAGAAUUGAAAAAAUAAUUUGUAUGUAAGAAUCAUUUAUCUGCACAUGUUAUUAAAACUUUCCAAAUACAA